GCGCGAGGCCUUGAUAUAACCAGUUCGCCCUUGCCCUUUCCUUACUUAUUCCUCUUUUCUAUUACGUGUCAAACAAUCAAGAGGCUUGAUGAAUGAUUUUGAUUUCACUCAGUCGACUACAGCCCUGAUUUUCUUCAAGAAAACGAACGCAGACAGUGACAACUGAUCAAAGAUCGCUGGGUGAUAACUUCACACUAAUAUCAUAAGAGAUUCCUGUACUUAGAAAAUGGCAAGAUGUCUGUCUCCAUACUUUGCGAUUGCGUUCCUUUUCGGGGCAUUUGUGAACUAUUUCAUGGCCUUAGAUCUUGGAUUCUUUGCACCAGUAGAUGUUCUUGAAGAGAGACAUGUGAGAGAUGUGAACCCAGGCACUGACCGGAUGAAAGCGACAAUGAAUGUGACUUUGAUCAAACCCACCUUGAAAUCUAAAAAGUCUAGUUGGACGGGUCCAAGAUACGGCCAAACUGUGAAAGGAAUGAAACACGUAAUAAUAAUGAAUGAUAUACCCCGCACUGCCGGUCGAUUGCUGUAUAAAGCUGCCCUAGGUGCAUUUGAAUAUAACUGGACAACCGUGGCUGAUCAUCUCGUACAGAUUGAAAAACAAAAGAAAAAUAUCGAAGAAGUUGAGAAGUUGAAACCACCGACUCUAGUGCACGGGCACACGAGCUUUCACCCUUACACUGAUGUUUGGGAAAAUCCACCGAUCUACAUCAACUUCGUACGGGAGCCCGUGGCUCGUAUGGAAUCAAGUUUUUACUAUGAAAGAUUCGGCGAUUAUGCUCAAGAUCCAUCUAUUCACCAUAAUGACAACAUGACUCUCGAAAUGUGUGUAAAGAAAGGUUUGGUCUGGUGCGGUCCGUGGUGGAAUUGGCACAUACUUUUCUGUGGUUACGACUCAAAAUGCGAAACGGAUCACGAAUGGUCCCUCGAAAAGGCCAAGAAAAACAUUGACAAGUACUACACUUUCGUAGGAAUAACUGAAGAAUUAGAGACUUCUCUUCAAAUUAUUGAACUACUCGUGCCGGAUUUAUUGGGUGGACUGUUCAAAGCUUACAAAGACUUGAAUGACGAUGGCAUUAAUUGGAAUGAUUUAUUUCGGACGAGGAACAAGAAAAGGCUGUCUCAUCGACUGGAGAAUAAAGCACGUGAAAUCAUGAAAGACGAUGUCGAACUAUACGAUUAUGCCUACGAUAAGUUCAAUCAGCUCAAGGUUAGAUUUGGACUGGAAUAAACUCGACACCGUACUGGAUUGAUGAGGAGGAUACAUUCCCACAGCAUAUCGGCUAGCCUUUUGUGUAUCUUGACGAAAGCCAUAAACUAAUAUGCAAUUCUUGUUGACUUUGACAACUGUGCCCCUUAAAGCAUGAUUUUUUUUCUGUUUUUUAUUAAGUUAGCUAAAGUUAGGGUGCAGGAUAAAGAAUGAAAUAAUAGUAUCAUUUUUCUGCAAUUUCUAUCAAAGUGUUGUACUUUUUUAAUUAAAGGGUCUUUCUUUUUGCUCGCUCGCAGGUUUUUAGCUUGCCUUGUAUGCCAGAUCCGGGGUCUGACUCCCUCACUUUUGGGCGCAUUACGCUACUGCCUUUGCUUGAAUUCAAUUGUUCAUUUUUUUAAUAUAUGUCUCAAUGUUUUGUGUCAUUAUUUUUUAAAAUUAUCGAUUAUUAUGAGGUAUAGACAAACUUCCAAGAAUUUUGUUUUGAUUUUGAUUGUUUUUAUAUAACAAUGGAAGAAUAUUGUACGCAAACACGUCAGUAUCUAUAAAAAUGUCUUUUCGAUGUAACGCACUAAUGUUUUGAUCGAUGCUACUGUGGUUGACUACACAGGCAAUAAACUGUCAGUAAU